AUGGAUUUAGCAGAGGAUGCGAUCAAAUUUGCAAUUUUUUUGGUCGAUGCGGAUCGACUUUUUGAUGUCGCUUUGGGAAUGUACGAUUUCAGUCUUGUUCUUAUGGUUGCUCAACAGUCACAAAAG